UUUCCUUUGCAUAAGCCGGAAAAAGAAAGCGAGGUAAGUAAAUUCAAGAAAAACCCCCAAAACCCCCAGCAGUCUCUGCUUCCCUUCUCUCACAAACAGAUGUAUCGCUUUCGCACGAUUUUAUAGCGUCUCUCGCCAAAGAAAAUUUGAAAAAAGAGCCAUUCAAUCCUCAAUAUGGAUUUGUUUAGGCAGGCUAUUCUGCGCCCAGGGACUCCUGAAGAGUUCGCACUUCGAACUGUUCAAGAAGCAAUAAAACCUCAGAAGCAAAUAAAGCUAGUCCAAGACGAGAAUCAGCUGCUGGAGAAUAUUCUCAGGUCGCUACUUCAAGAACUGGUGGCUGCUGCAGUUCAGUCGGGGCAGAAGAUCAUGGAGUAUGGAAUGUCGAUUGUUGAUGGUGAAUCAAGUCAGGGUCAGAUUCCCCGCCUUCUUGAUAUUGUUCUAUAUCUUUGUGAGAAAGAGCAUGUGGAGGGUGGCAUGAUAUUUCAACUUUUAGAAGAUUUGACAGAAAUGUCAACAAUGAGAAACUGUGAGGAUAUCUUUGGGUACAUAGAGAGCAAACAAGACAUAUUGGGGAAGCCAGAACUCUUUGCACGAGGGAAGCUUGUUAUGUUAAGGACGUGUAAUCAGUUGCUUCGUCGUCUAUCAAAGGCUAAUGAUGUUGUUUUCUGUGGGCGCAUUAUCAUGUUUCUUGCUCACUUCUUCCCCUUAUCCGAGCGUUCAGGUAUUUCUAUAGAUUUCAACUUCUAUAAGACACUUUGGAGUUUACAGGAAUACUUCUGCAAUCCGCCAUCCCUGAUUAAUGCUCCUGUCAAGUGGCAUAAAUUUACAUCCGGUUUGAUGAUCGUGCUAAACACUUUUGAGGCUCAGCCUUUAAGCGAUGAAGAGGGCAAUGCUCAUAACCUUGAGGAUGAUGCUGCAACCUUUAACAUAAAAUAUCUUACCAGCAGUAAACUUAUGGGUCUCGAGCUGAAAGAUCCUAGUUUCAGGCGCCACGUUCUGGUUCAAAGUCUCAUUCUGUUUGACUAUUUGAAGGUAAUGAUAUGCAUUUUGUUAGCUCUGAGCUCGAUGUGCGAGUUGAUCUUUUAGUAGUAAUAUGACCUUAAAUACUAAUGACUGAACUACAACUAAAGUUGGAAGGUUAUUUUGUCUCUCCUAUAUGCAUGUGGGAUAAGCUUUUCUAGUUGAAUUCACAUAUUCAAAGCAUCAAAAUUCAGGAUUAUCUUUGAUUUCAAUCAUGAUGAUGAUAAUCCGCAUGAUUGUUUGUUAAUCAGUAAGUUGAAGAUUCUCUAGUAUAAAAUGUCAGUAUGAUACUUAAAUGUCUUAGGUGUGGUUUCCAUCAGUGAGGAGAGCAAAUGAAAACAUGCCAAAUGUGGUCAGCACUGGAGCUUUGCCGAGGGAAGAUGUGAGAGUAAAGUUAGUUGAGGGCGAGGAAGGAGAAAGAAAAACAUGGUAGAAAACUGAGAGAAAGAGAGAUAGCAGUGGGUUAGGUGCUCUGUAACUAAACUAGAAUGAGUUUGUCCCUGUUUUUUAUUUUCUGUUGAUCUCUUCUCUUAUCAUGAUGAUUUAGGACCCAUUUGGCCAUGACUCACUUGCAAAUAAUGAAGUCAUUAUUUGCACGUUGAAGUUUGGCCAUCAGUAUUUGUGCAUUAAUUCAACUUCAACUUGAAAUAGGGAACUUGAAGUGAAAAGCUUCUUGAGGAAUGUCAAGUGAAAUGAUGGUUUCACUCACAAAACUUCCAACUUUUUUUCCAUUGAAAUAUAUCCAACCACCACUUCAACUUGCAAAUACUAUUUUUUUGGCAAAAUACAUAGUUUACCCAUCCACCUUGCACCCAAAUCCCUGUUACACACCUCUUGACCAUAGAUUUAACGUUACACACCAAACCUUUCAAAAGUGUGUCAAUGACACACCACUUUUGACCAGCCUAGUUAAUACUCAAUGUUGUGUAUACACGCGCUUAUUUGAAUUAAAAACAAAUGUCUUUUUAAUAAAAAAUGGGCAACCCGACCCAAGCUUAAAAUAAACCUCAAUUUACAAGCUUUAAAAGAAAAAGUAGCUAUGUGUCUUCCUCAACACCCCCCACCCCCUGGGUUUAUCCUCUUCCCCCCUAUCCUACCUUCACACUGGCUCCUCCUCCACUAUCAAUUGCACACCGGCUUCUUCUAACCCACCCUCCACCCCUGUAAUCUUCCCAAUAAUUUUCAGAUCCACCGGUGGCCAUAAAACUUAUUUCCAUCGC